AUGUCCUAUGUUGAACAGCCCGAUUUCAAGCCAUGGACUAUACAAGGUGCAACUGCAGCAACUUCCGCGCAGAUAGCAACCUGUAUUGACGAAAGGAUUAAAGCAUACACAGAGGACAACAUUACAGGUAGAGAACUACAUGCAUUAUGGAUCUUGGACUUCGAAUUCUUCAGUAACACCGAAUAUAAAAAUACAACAAUUCAAACACGAUUAUUAAGAGAUUUCCUCCGAUCUCGAAAUGUUUUUGUACCAAGAAAGGGUCACUCAAUCGCAGUCGAACUACCUAAAGCCCAGCAUGCUACAUGGGAAGCAAUUCCAGAAGCCUGCCUUCAUGAAAUAAAAGAGAAACACCGUCCAAUUUCAACUGUAUCAAAAUCUUCUUCAACAUUUCGUUCAGACUCCGCCCGAUCUCAAGGUGAUACUCUUAUUAGUAACAAUAAUUCAUUUUUCAGUCUUAUGAAAAUUUAG